AUGUGUGAUCUUGGAGCAGGCGUAUCUGUAAUGCCACUCACAGUAGCUAAGAGGCUUGGGUUCGAGAAGUAUCAAAAGUGCGACGUUUCCUUGGUACUUGCGGAUAGAUCAGUACGCAUCCCAGUGGGUAUGCUCGAGGACUUGCCUGUGCGAGUAGGAAACGUGGAGAUACCCACUGACUUUGUUAUCCUUGAGAUGGAUGAAGAACCCAAGGAUCCGCUGAUCUUGGGAAGGCCCUUUUUGGCAACCGCUGGAGCUAUCAUCGAUGUUCAGAGAGGGAAGAUUGAGCUAAACUUUGGAGAUGACUUCAAGCUCAGCUUCGACAUCAAGAGAUCGAUGAAGAAACCAACCAUUGAUGGACAGCUCUUCUGGGUAGAGACUUUGGAUCAGUUGGCAGACGAGUAUCUAGAGGAGUUAGCCACAGAGGACCAGCUUCAGCUAACCUUGACUGAGAAAGCGAGGAAAAGAGCUACUUCAACACCGAAUCCUUGGAGACGCUCCGUGAGAGUUGAGGAAAUCCACAAGGUAGAGGCAGAGCACGACCUCGAGCAACCUUCAGACGAUGACUGGAGCGAGCUCAAAGCCCCAAAGGUGGACCUCAAGACCUUACCAGAUGGGCUAAGGUACGCAUUUCUUGGACCAAAUUCAACUUAUCCCGUAAUUGUGAACCAAGAACUUACCCCACCCCAAUUAACCUCCCUCCUUAAUGAGUUGAGGAAGUUCAGGAGAGCAAUUGGUUACUCUUUAGAGGACAUCAAAGGCAUAUCUCCUGAGCUUUGUACUCAUCGCAUUCACCUUGAUAACGAAUCUAAGGGAUCUAUUGAACACCAAAGACGCUUAAAUCCCAACCUCAAAGAGGUGGUGAAAAAGGAAAUCCUUAAGUUGCUUGACGCCGGCGUGAUCUACCCUAUCUCGGAUAGUACUUGGGUCUCGCCGGUACACUGUGUGCCCAAGAAAGGUGGAAUCACAGUAGUCAAGAACGAAAAAGACGAAAUGAUCCCAACCAGAACCAUAACCGGUCACCGAAUGUGCAUAGAUUACCGAAAGCUCAAUGCGGCGACUAGGAAGGAUCAUUUUCCACUGCCUUUCAUCGAUCAGAUGCUUGAGCGGUUGGCGAAACCAUCCUUUCUAUUGCUUCCUUGA